UUGAGUGACGUAGGACCUAGCGGUGGCGCGUGGUCCGCGUUAGGCUAAAGCGUACAGGAAGCUUCGGUGUAGUUUAGCAGUUGGACCGUAAACCGUAUUCGUGGUCGGAUCUUCACCGCGGCAGCGCCAUGAGUACGCUAUGGAUGGGAAACCUGGAGACCUACAUGGAUGAGAAGUUCAUCACCAGAGCUUUUUCCACCAUGGGCGAGCAGGUGGUUAAUGUCAGGAUCAUCCGCAACAAGAUGACAGGUGUGUCGUCCCCCAGGGGUGCUCUGGGUUACUGUUUUGUGGAGAUGACAGACGAGGCCACAGCCGAGAGGUGUCUCCGCAAAAUCAAUGGAAAACCUUUACCGGGAGCCAACCCGCCCACAAGAUUCAAGUUAAACCGAGCAACCUUUGGAAAACAGGAAAGCGGGCAGAUGUAUUCUCUGUUUGUCGGAGAUCUCACUCCAGAUGUGGAUGAUGGGAUGCUUUAUGAGUUUUUUUACAAUCGUUACCCUUCCUGUCGUGGUGGAAAAGUGGUAUUGGACAGCAUGGGCAACUCCAAGGGCUGUGGCUUCGUUCAGUUCCCUGAUGAGCGGCUGCAGAAGCGGGCGUUAGAGGAGUGUCAGGGAGCUGUGGGGCUGGGUGGCAAGCCUCUGCGAUUGAGCCUGGCUGCUAACAACUUAAAGAACAAGCAGCAGCAGUCGGAGCACAAAUCAUGGCAGUCUACCUCUGGAUACAGACAAAACUAUGACCAGUACACCCAGUACCAGCAGCAGACCUAUCCUGGCUUUUAUUCUUCCUGGGGCUAUGACCAGACUGGAGGAAUGUAUGGCUACAACUAUCCGCAGUAUGAUUACUCACAGUAUUCUGCUGCACAGGAGAGUGAAACCGUUCAGGAGGACGAAGGACUGGAAGAUCCAAGUGUGGAGGUGGAUGUGGUGGAGGCCAACAGGAAGUUCAUGGAGCACAGUGAGGAACUGUACGAUGCACUGAUAGACUGUCACUGGCAGUCCACAGAGUUACAGCAGGACUAUGUGACAUCCAGUCUGCCAGAGCCCAUCUACUGCUGAACCGGGACAUCAUGGCCUCUGUGGAGUUCACCUUUCCACCUUUUCCUCCCAGUCCAUACGGAUUGUGUGUGUGGGCUUCUUUUUUUUUUUUUUUUUUUUUAGAUAAUAAAAUAAGCUAAUGGUUUUUAUUUGUGUAUAAUCCUGUUUAAAAUUAAACACGACCAUUGGUACACAA